AUGGAAGAGGCAGCGUUAAUCUCGUCGUCAGAGCUGCAGAAGCACACGACGCCAGACGACUGCUGGAUUAUCGUGCACUCGCGCAUCUACGACAUCACUGCGUUCCUGGACGAGCAUCCAGGCGGGUCGGCCAUCAUCCUCAAGUACGCGGGCAACGACGCCUCCAAGGCCUACGACGAAGUCCACGCACCCUCAUUGAUCCAGAAAACACUCACGAAUGGACAAUUCAAGGGCACGAUCGAGCCAAGCGCUGAGUUACCCGCUAUCGACACCCCGGCGGAGUCUACGAACGCAGCAGAGGAUGAAAUCCCACAGCUCGAGCAGCUGAUUGCAGUUCAUGACUUUGAAGAGGUCGCGCGCAGGAAAUAUACGGAGAAAACAUUCGCGUUCUAUUCAUCUGCCGCGACGGAUCUGGUCUCGCACCAUGCGAACCUGGCCUCGUAUCGCCAGAUUAUGCUGCGCCCGCGCGUGCUGCGGAAUGUGAAGGAGGUGCAAACCCCACGGAGUAUACUUGGCUGUCGCUCGUCUGCGCCGUUCUUUGUUAGUCCGACGGCGAUGGCGAAGCUGGCACAUCCCGAGGGGGAGAUGGUUGUUGCGAGGGGCUGUGCGGAGGAGGAUAUUAUCCAGAUUAUCUCGAAUAAUGCGUCGUUUCCGCUUGCGGAGAUUGUGGCUGCGGGGAAGCCUGGGCAGGUGUUUUUCUUGCAGCUGUAUGUGAAUUCCGAGAGGAGGAAGACGGAGGAGUUGUUGCGUGAGGCGGCAGAACUGGGGAUCAAGGCCGUUUUUGUGACUGUUGAUGCGCCGAUUCCGGGGAAGAGAGAGGCGGAUGAGCGGAUUGCAGCUGGGAAUCUGGUCUCUGCUGUUAGUGGUGCAGUGGCGAAGAAUGACAAGAAGGGGGGUGGGCUGGGGAGGGUCAUGGCCAAGUAUAUCGAUUCGACGCUGAACUGGGAGGAUCUCGCGUGGAUUAAGAAGGUAUCAGGCCUGCCGGUGGUGCUCAAAGGGGUACAGACAGGGGCUGAUGCCAGAAUGGCGAUGGAGUAUGAGGUUGAUGCUAUCAUGUUGAGCAACCACGGGGGAAGAUCUCUCGACACCGUCCAACCGGCCAUCUUUACACUGCUGGAACUGCACAGAACGUGUCCUGAGAUAUUCGGCCGCAUGGAGAUCUACAUUGACGGGGGAGUCCGACGAGGAACAGACAUUCUCAAGGCACUCGCUCUAGGAGCGACAGCUGUUGGGAUCGGACGGCCGUACCUGUAUUCUCUGGCAUACGGACAGGAGGGUGUCGAGCACCUUACACAGAUCCUCAAAGAUGAGCUGGUCUCAGCGAUGAAGCUGAGCGGCAUUACACACAUCGACCAGGCGCAUCCCGGAAUGGUCAACACUGCAUAUGUUGAUACAUUAAUUAGAUCUACAGAGACACAUCCGUGGAUUACAUGGGCUCCUCGGGCGAAGCUUUAG